GGCGGGUCAGAGGAGGCGCGGUCUCACAAGCUGAUGGCGGGGCUGUUGCAGGCUCCCGGCCGGGUCAUGCAGCUUCCGAGUCGCCAACUUUGGCGUCUCUUGCCUCGGGGACUCGGGGUUUGGGACCCGGGGGAGGGGACCGCGAGGGUUUUCCUGAGGCGACUCUGCGCGCGGCCAGAGGAGCCGUGGCGGGCCUCGGGGCUCGCUGGCCGCUACCUGAGGAGCCGGCCCCUCAGCACUGCGAUGCCGCCACCGCCGGGGUCGUCGGGACCUGAGGCGAAGGGCAGCAGAGACCCCACACGCCCCUCGCAGCCCGGGCCUGUUUCCUGGAAGUCUUUAGCCGUCACAUUUGCUAUUGGAGGAGCUUUACUGGCUGGAAUGAAGUACUUCAAGAAAGAAAAGACAGAGAAGCUGGAGAAGGAACGGCAGCGAAGCAUUGGAAAGCCUUUACUUGGGGGCCCAUUUUCCCUCACAACUCAUACUGGAGAGCCCAAAACCGAUAAGGACUACCUGGGUCAAUGGGUAUUGAUUUAUUUUGGUUUCACUCAUUGCCCUGAUAUCUGUCCAGAAGAACUAGAAAAAAUGAUUCAAGUCGUGGAUGAAAUAGAUAGUAUUCCAACUUUGCCAAACUUAACUCCUCUUUUCAUCACAAUCGACCCAGAGAGGGACACAAAAGAAGCCAUCGCAAAUUAUGUGAAAGAGUUUUCUCCCAAACUGAUUGGCUUGACUGGCACAAAAGAAGAGAUCGAUCAAGUGGCCAGAGCAUUCAGGGUGUAUUAUAGCCCUGGCCCCAAGGACGAAGAUGAGGACUACAUAGUGGAUCAUACAAUCAUCAUGUACUUGAUUGGACCAGACGGUGAGUUUCUAGAUUAUUUCGGCCAGAACAAGAAGAAUGCAGAGAUCGCUGGUUCAAUUGCUGCGCGCAUGAGGGAACACAGGAGAAAGAGCUAGUGGCCAGGGCGGUGCGGCUGCGCAGGGUUCUCCUGCUAACGAGGAAGGAAGCUCUGUCUCCACCCCGGAGCCGGUAUAUACACACUUACACAUGCAGCCUAUUGAGUGGCCUUCGUACCACGAGAACAGCUGAGUUUUGGACAGGGUGUGUUACCCUUGGGUUCAGCCAGGAUGGAUUCUUGGAACUGUAAAGAUUAGAACCAAAAGUCUCCCAAAAAGUCACGUUGAGACCAGAGGACCAAGUUACCAUGAAGCCAGUGGAAUGGACCUCGGGGAAGGACCCAGCCAGAAAAGGCACAGCCAGCACGUUUCCCCAUGAGAACAGAGCCCUCUGAUCGGCGUAGCUUCCUCUCCCGUGUCUUGGACCCUUGCUCAGAAAGGCUGUACUGCGUUCCCAGGAAGAGCAUCACUUCCACAGCGCCCUUGCUUUCCUUUUUGAGUUCCUGGUGGUUGAUAACAAUCAGUUUAGGCUUUCUGACAUUCGUAACCAAUCUUUGCACUUGAAAGCACAAGUAUGGUCUUCCCUGUUAAUGAAUCAUUGUGUUCCCCUGUCAGCAGGUGCUGGUUUUACUAGUGGAGAGGAUGUUGUUGGGCUGAACCAUUAAAUAAGUUUCCUUAGGGGUCUUUCAUUUGAUUUUUAUCUAAAUCCUGUGCCAGGCUUUCGGGGACCUGCCAGUGGACAUGAGAGGAUGUUGAUCAUGUGAUACAGGGUACUUUCCUGCCUGUGCAGGAUUGCGUUGGGUCUGAAAUAAAAAUGUGCUCAGUUUUGCA